GAGUCAAAGAUACCGUGAUAAAGUUGAUUUACAGCAUAGUUCAGCUUUCCUGAUCAGAUACAACAUGUUUCAGCAUUUCUUUGGACUUGUUUCUCUCUUUGCAGUUUCACAGCUUCUGGGUCUCUCAGGUACACUUGCUGAAUGUCCUCUUCAGAUCAGCCCACAGAGUGUUGUUGUGAAGUACGGCGAUUCUGUUUCAGUAAACUGCAGCACUUCUGUCACACAUCAUGGGAUGGGAUGGGAAUCCACUGUGGGAGCAGUGCCCCUGUCCAGAGACAGUCUGAUCAUAUUGAGAGUGUCAAAGCUGACAUACUGGGAGAUGCAGCCACCAUUCUGCUACAUAGCCUAUGACGAACAGCAGUGUAAAGUAGAUCUCCCAGUCACAGUUUACAAGACUCCAGACAGUGUUUCCAUCAGCACUGUGAAUCAAGCAAUGACGGAGGGAAACCAGUAUGAGCUCCAGUGUGACGUUCACAAUGUGGCUCCUGCUCAGAAUCUCACUGUCAACUGGUACAAAGGAGAAACUCUGGUGGAUCAAACCAACUUCACUGACACCACCAAGAGUCCAGUCAAUAAAACAUCUAAACUUGCGAUACGUCCUAACAGAGCUGAUGAUGGAGCUCAAUACAGGUGUGAAGCAGAGCUGAACCUGGGAGAAGAUGGACCUCAACCUCCUCCUACAAACACAUCAGAAUCUCUCAGCAUUACUGUAUAUUUUAAACCAACCAUCAAAGAGGACAAACUGCCCUCCACAGUGUCUGUGGUACGAGGCUAUUCAGAGGUGGUUGUUUGUGAAGCUGAAGGGAAGCCAAAACCAACAAUCAGAUGGAGUGAUGGCACAAACACAUUUAAUGGUGAAACAUUUACUAUAACAGAGUCCACAGCUGAGAAUCUGACCUGCACUGCAACCAAUGCUGCUGGCAGCUCCAGCAGAUCAGUGAAAGUGUUCUUUGAAGGUAACUAUGCAUUAUUAUAACAUCUGACCUUCAGUGUGCAUCAAUAAUUACUUUCUGCAUCAGAAUUAAUGCCAUUAUUUAGUAUUUAGACAGUAUAAGGACUUUUAUA